CACACACCACACCACACCACACAAAAAAGCAGAAACACAAUUCCAUAGAGAAGAACCCCUCACACUUGGUUGGAUCUAACUCUAACCUUCUCAUUCUCACACUCUUUAAUACUUCCUUCUUUUUCAUUUCAUUUCAUUUAUGAUAGAUACCAAAGGAGGUGAGUGACUGUUAAGAUAGCAAGGAAGACAGUGAAGUUUGGUGGAAGAUGGCGUCUGUUGGUGUGGCACCAACAUAUGGCUUGAGAGAAUUCAGUGGUGUUGAAAGAUUGCCAGAGGAGAUGAAUGAUAUGAAAAUUACGGAUGAUAAAGAAGUAGAAGCUACUGUUGUUGAUGGUAAUGGUACCGAGACAGGACAUAUUAUUGUAACUACCAUUGGGGGUAGAAACGGUCAGCCGAAGCAGACUAUAAGCUAUAUGGCAGAGCGGGUUGUUGGGAAUGGAUCAUUUGGGGUUGUCUUCCAGGCUAAAUGCUUGGAGACUGGUGAAACUGUGGCAAUCAAAAAGGUUCUUCAGGACAAGAGGUAUAAGAAUAGGGAGCUGCAAACAAUGCGUCUUCUUGACCACCCAAACAUUGUCUCUCUGAAGCAUUGUUUCUUUUCAACCACUGAAAAGGAUGAACUAUACCUUAAUUUGGUACUUGAGUAUGUUCCUGAAACAGUUCACCGUGUGAUCAAACAUUACAACAAGUUGAACCAACGGAUGCCACUUAUAUAUGUGAAACUCUAUACAUACCAGAUAUUUAGGGCACUAUCUUAUAUUCACCGUUGUAUUGGAGUCUGCCAUCGGGAUAUCAAGCCUCAAAAUCUAUUAGUUAAUCCACAUACCCACCAGGUUAAAUUAUGUGACUUUGGAAGUGCAAAAGUCUUGAUAAAAGGCGAACCAAAUAUUUCGUACAUAUGUUCUAGAUAUUAUAGAGCACCUGAGCUUAUAUUUGGAGCAACUGAAUAUACUACAGCUAUUGACAUUUGGUCUGUGGGUUGUGUAUUGGCUGAGCUUCUGCUUGGACAGCCUUUGUUCCCUGGUGAGAGUGGAGUUGAUCAGCUUGUUGAGAUCAUCAAGGUUCUGGGCACUCCAACAAGGGAAGAGAUUAAGUGCAUGAACCCUAACUAUACAGAAUUUAAAUUCCCCCAGAUUAAAGCACAUCCAUGGCACAAGAUCUUUCAAAAGCGCAUGCCUCCAGAAGCUGUUGAUUUGGUAUCAAGACUUCUACAAUACUCCCCUAACCUGCGGUGCACAGCUUUAGAUGCCUUGAUCCAUCCAUUCUUUGAUGAACUUCGUGAUCCGAAUACUCGCUUGCCAAAUGGUCGUUUCCUUCCACCAUUAUUCAAUUUCAAAUCUCAUGAACUGAAGGGAGUGCCAGUUGAGAUUUUGGUGAAAUUGAUUCCAGAGCAUGCGAGGAAGCAAUGCCCGUUUCUUGGCUUGUGAUGUUGUGAAAUGUAACAAAACUGCAAGUGUCGUUUCCAUAUGAAUGCUAUGUUUCCUUUAUUUAUGAAAUGAAAUUUGCUCCUUCAUGUAUCCUUGUUGUAUUUCGGGGCCUUGUAAAAACAGAUUUAGAGAUAUCUGGUACUCAAUAUUACCCAACCCUCGAUGGGUAUUCAGAGGAAAACCGUGAGUUUUGUGUAUCACUGCAGGUUGUAACAUCAAAUAGAAGACAAGUGUCGUGUUAAAUCGGUAUUGGUAUUUGUUGAUUUAAUGAUGGGUGGUUGGCUAAUUUAGUUAUGCACUGCAUAAUGGAUGGUAGUUGUGAUGUCAAUUUUGUAUGUGUCGCUGAUCCUUAGCGAAAUAGCAUGGACAAAAUCAAGCUGCUCUCGUCUGGAGUAGGUUGCUGUUUACAAGUUUGUCUAAACCUAUCAUUUUGUGCUUUAUAUGACCUUCGAUAUUUAUUUUUGGUACUCAGUUUGAAUUGUACUACUUCAACGACGUGGAAGUAUUGUACAAGAGCAUAGUUAAUUUAUCCUGGCAGUAGCCCAAAAAUAUGAGUGACAACUAUUCC